AAUGAUGAAGAUUUUUCGACAAAGCAUCUACCCCAGCUUUACCAGUUUAUAUCCGACCAGGUAACCGUUCCAAUGAUUUUGUCGUCUUCUUUCAAUGUGCAGAAUGAUAGGGCCAUGUCGGAAAUCCCCCAAAUCCAUUUUCCGGUCCCACCUCAUCUUUGCCGUAGCGGAUUUACGGAAAUAAUGGUUUGCAGCUUGCGAUGCGGGGUUAAACGAAUUGAUAAUCGACCUAACACAGAUUAAAUUGGCUGAAGAAUUCCACUCUGCUUUAUCUACCAACCUUGGGGACAGCAAACCAUAGACCAUUGGACCAUUGACCAAUAUGGCAAUUCCCAAAUACCAAACCGCGGCCUGUAUCGAUAAUCCUCGGCCUCAUGCAAAAUUGGACAUUCGGCAUGAUGUACCUGUUCCCGAGCCAGCUUCAGGCGAGGUAUUGAUCAAGUUGGAAUGUACAGGAUUCUGCCAUUCGGAUCUGCACGCCAUUAGUGGAGAGCUGCCGAUGAACACUAACAUCGCGGGCCAUGAAGGAAUUGGCAGAGUGGUUCAAGUGGGUCCCGAUACUGCUCCGACGAUGAUGGGAAAACGGGUUGGUGUGAAGUGGCUUUAUAGCAGCUGCAAGAAUUGCCCAACUUGCAAAGUUCAAUAUACCAAUUGUCCCAACCAGAAGAACCCAGGGAGGAGUGUUCCGGGAACUUUUCAACAGUAUAUUGUAUCUCCUGCCGAUUUUGCAUCCAUCAUCCGCGAGGACCUAGAGCCCCAAGCUGUUGCGCCUUUGCUAUGUGCUGGUGUAACAAUGUAUGGUGCAUUGAACAAGCUCGAGAAAUUCUGCGAGAAAGGUGACUGGGUUGUUCUCAUGGGCGCAGGCGGUGGCCUGGGACAUUUAGGAAUCCAAAUUGGAAAAGAGAUGGGAUAUCGCAUAAUUGCAGUGGAUGGUGCAUCUAAGAGGGAUAUCUGCAUGCGUUCGGGUGCAACGGCAUUCGUUGAUUUCAAAGACAAUGCGGAACAGAAAAUCCUGGGAAUGACAGAUGGCAUCGGUGCCCACGCAGUAAUCGUAAUUGUGGGUCUUGAAAGUGCGUACGAGCAAAGUGUCAAGCUGCUACGACCAGUUGGUACUCUCAUCUGCGUCGGUCUUCCGUCACCAGACUAUCACAUUCCCAUCUCGCCCUUGGCCUGCGUGGAUCGUGGAUACAGAAUUAUCGGCAGCGCAGUCGGGACGGAGGAUGAGGUCCAGGAUCUCCUGAAAAUGGCCGCAGAGGGACGCAUUUCCAGUCAUUAUGAGACCUUUGAGUUCGAGCAAAUCAACGAGGUCAUGGAAAAGCUGGAACGCUAUGAGGUAGAGGGACGGGCCGUGUUGCGGAUUCCGUCUGAAACGCAAAACCCCGGGGCAUGA